CGCUAGAUAAAAAGAACGAACUUGAACCGUUUAAAAUGGAGAGCCAACACGGGAUAGCUCUUUUCACCUUACUAGUUGCCACAGUAUUCGCGUACAUGCAAGCCAACUCCAAGCUUUUGUUUGUGUCCUCUGUCGCAACUCUUGUCCCAAGCCUUAUCUGUACUCGCAUUCCAGGCUUGUCUAAUAGGCAGAGAAAUGUGUGCGACGAAAACCCAAAAGUCAUUUAUUGCAUAAGAGAGGGUUAUCGAAUGGCUGCAGAGGAAUGCAGGUUCCAGUUCCGAAAAAGCAGAUGGAAUUGUACUCUACUCGGCGAAACAUCGGAUUUCGACGACAAAGCCAUUAAGGGAACUAGAGAGAUGGCUUACACGCAAGCUAUCAUUUCGGCUGGAGUUGUGUACACAGUCACCCGAGCCUGUAGUAUGGGAAACCUCAGCGAAUGCAAUUGUGACAAGAAACUCACGGGUACGGAGAAAAAAAAGCACUACAAAGGUUGGUCGUGGGGUGGUUGUUCUGUCGACUUGAGCUUCGGUCUCGAUCUUUCCAGUCGCUUCGUGAAUGCUCGCGAGGAGAAACACAAUGCCUUUUGGCUGAUGAACAGGCAUAACAGCAGGGCUGGUAGGCAGGCUCUUAAAGACAGUCUCAAAUUACACUGCCAUUGCCAUGGUACCUCUGGAUCAUGCGUGUCAAGAACCUGCUGGCAAGAUCUUCCUGGUUUUAAAAAGAUAGGCUCUCAAUUAAAGCAACGCUACCUUAAAGCCUCUCGUGUUAAAACUAUUAAAUAUCCAUCUCCAAACGGUAGACGAGAUGCGUAUCUUUGGUUGGAGUUCGGCGACAACAAGCCUCCUUCUAGAGACUUGGUUUACAUCGAAGACUCCCCGAAUUACUGCGAUCGAGAUCGAAGGAGGAAAAUUCCCGGAACAACAGAACGAGAAUGCAAUAAGACAUCAGAUGGAAUCGAUGGCUGCGAGCUGAUGUGUUGCGGCCGAGGCUACAAUACUCAUGAGAUUGUCAAAAAGUGGCGUUGCAAUUGCAAGUUUCAUUGGUGUUGUCAUGUUGAAUGCGAGAACUGCAAAGAGCGUGUGGAAAUAUUCAGAUGCAAAUGAAGAGUUAUUCAACAAUCAAUGCGUAAAAUGCACGCGAGUCAUUCAAAAUCUCAUAUUUAAACUUGUGCAGUCACUUUUCCUGCUCGAUUUUAUGUGUUCAUCGAGGAAGAAAGAAGAAAGCCAGUCUUAAGAUAAACGAAGAAGGCAUUUUGCAUUUUCCGUUGACCAUUGGCUUACAACGAGUUUCUAUCCUUUUGGAAAUGUAGAUAGUUAUGGGAACUGUAAAUACAAGUUGUAAAACGAAUUGAUAAAUCCUAAAUAUUUAUCACAAAUAAUUCGGUUUUAACGACAACCGGCCUUCUAUCGGCUUGCUGCCGAACGACUGCCCUGUCCAUCAAUUUAGUAGAUUCUAUUGUUGAAUGACAGAGGAUCAUCAUUGAAAUUAGUAUCUCAGCGAGGAAUAAUGACACUUAAGGUUUUAAGAUUUUAAUGAAAGGCUGGGACUUUUUUAUUUCUUACAGUCAAGGUAGGAGGCAUCGGUUUUUGUAAUUUUGGAUGGCAAAUUGAGGGAAAAGUUUUCGUUUGUGGCUUUGUAAUCGAUGAAGAGACAAACGAUGGAAUAUAUUAUAAAAAGUGACGAAGAAACUUGCGUACCGAAUUGAUAGCUCUCGAUGACUGUGCUAAAACUCGAGACUAGGAAAUUGGGUCGACUAUAUCGAAUUCGUCCCGAUAAACUGCAUAAUAAUCUUACAAAAGUCAGUAAAAGCGGUUGUACGACUGCAGCAAAUGCAAAAAGAUGAGCAAUUCAUAACUUGAUAUCAUAGCCUGCCAGUUUUAUCUCAAGGCGCUACAAUUUCAAAUAAAGACAAAGUUUGUCAAAAACAUUUGCUAUCAUUAGCGAUUAUUGAUUUUAUUCUCGUUUAGAAACUAAGGCCUUAGGCAUCUUGAAAAUGAUCUUUAAGGUUUCUCAAAACUGCAAACCAGAUGUUUCUUUAUUUUGAUGCCUUUUGACUUGUUUUAAAUUAUUUAUUUAAUUACAAAUGUCAGUCAAAAAUGUCCCAGGGAAAUAUCGUUUCAGCAUAUUUAUAAUGGCAUUAAGUUAUUAGUAUCUUUCUAUAUAAUUUGCAAGCACGCCGGGGACACUGAGUUUAAUUAUCAAUGUUCCCAGGUUUUAAAGGGAGACAUGAUCUGGCAGUAGUAUUUAUAAUCUGCACACGCUGACCACAUUGAUGCUAAGUGUCGGAAAUUAGAAGAUUGCUUACCAGGCUUAUAUUCAUAGAUGUAGCCAUUUUGUAUAAAUAUUUUAUCUUGAAUACUGAUUCAACACAGCGGUCAAACGUUUAUGCAUGUGCGAACGUUUUAACGGUCAGGUAGCGCGCUUCUAGGCUGUCACAACCAAGUUGUCUAACAGGAAUUAUAAACAACUGCAAAAGCCAGUGAGUCACGGUGUUUCAAAAGCGUAUAACUUUUUCGGUUAGGCUGAAUACAGAAUGAUGAAUUAAUUUGAUACCAGUCCCUGAAUAAGAUUCGUGUUCGAAAAGUCUCGAGUUUUCCUUUUGCUUACCUCUUUAUGAAUGUGUCAGCGUUCUUUCGCUUAUUUUGCCAGACAGCUGUUGUUUCUUACGUUUUGCUUUGAAAUUUUGCACAGGAAAAUGGCGCACGGCAGGCCAGAACGGAUCCACUUGCGUAUGUCCGACGUUUGACCACUGAGUUCAUUGAUUCAAACAGUGUACACAUUCAUUUCAUUUAUAAAAUAAGAAAAGUAGAGAUUAGAAAAUAGAUGUACAGGAAAAAUC